AUGAAUACCGACGCCGAUGUCUUUGAGAUCAUAUUGGACUACUUGGGCAGCAGCAGUCUGAUACGGCGACUGCGACCAAGCGCAAAAAACCCACUAAAGCAGCUCACAGGUAGCUGUGACACGAUGCUUAAGCUGGCCAAGGCGUGGUGCCUCGCAGAUAUGAUCGACGAUGUACGAUUACAAAACAAGCUUGUAGAUACUUAUCGCGCAUUCUACCUUGAGCUACUGGACGCUCAAGCCCAAAUACCCCUAGAACACGAACCCUUCCUAUACUUGGAGAACCACAUUGGCACCCACACGAAAAUCGAAAAGUUCAUGAUAGACUUCUUCGCCGGACUCACUCGGGAUACGGGCGACUUCAGCGCUGAGGAACUCCUCCCAUUUCGACAUGACGUUGCGCAGUCUCUAAAGCUGCGACGUUUCCUCAAGCACGGAUGUCAACUCUUCAUCAUCGAAGCGCGGUUGCUCAACGUCUACAUCGUCAUCCUCGGUAUCUCCUCCUGUAACUCCAAGGGCUCCUAUCUCCAUCAAAUCGCUCAUUUGUGGCCGCGGAAAUCGGAUGCGCGUGCCACUUUCAGGGACCACGAGCUUGACCGGACAGUCCAAAGUUGUGAUGUCUCGCACGCUGAAAUGUGCGUUACAGCCAAAUUUCGGCGCGGCUCGUGGAUUCUCUCAUACACGUUCGGUGUCUCUGAUGACUUCACCUUCGAGUGGGGCGCCCUUCGUCGGAUACCGACCUGUCGCCGGACGUCGAGAGACCGUCUUUGGGUCAGAUGA